AGGACCGGCCCGCCUGGGGCUGCCGUCGAUGAUGCUGUUGCUGCUGCUGCUGCUGUUGUUGCUGCUGCCCCCAGCCCCCGCGGCCCCCAGCCCGGAGAGUGUCGCAGCAGUGAACCCGUGUUGCUACUUCCCAUGCCAGAACAAAGGCGUGUGUGUACGCUUUGGCUUGCACCAAUACGAAUGUGACUGCACAAGAACCGGCUACCAUGGACGCAACUGUACCUCCCCUGAGUUCUGGACCUGGCUCCGGAAUGCCCUGCGGCCCAGCCCGGCUUUCUACCACUACAUCCUGACCCACGGCCGCUGGUUCUGGGACCUCAUCAACGGCACCUUCAUCCGCGACUUUCUCAUGAGACUGGUGCUUACGGUGCGUGCCAACCGGAUCCCCAGUCCCCCGACGUACAACUCCGCUUAUGGCUACAUCAGCUGGGAGGCCUACGCCAAUGUGACCUAUUACACCCGCGUGCUGCCCCCGGUCCCCGAUGACUGCCCCACGCCCAUGGGGGUCAAAGGGAGGAAGCGGCUCCCUGACCCCGGACUGCUGGCCGAGCGCUUCCUGCUGCGGAAGUCAUUCGUGCGUGACCCACAGGGGACCAACCUCCUGUUCGCCUUCUUCGCCCAGCACUUCACCCACCAGUUCUUCAAGACGUCGGGCAAGAUGGGCCGCGGCUUCACCAAGGCCCUGGGCCACGGUGUGGACCUAGGCCACGUGUACGGAGACUCACUGGAGCGUCAGCACAAGCUACGGCUCUUUAAGGGAGGGAAGCUAAAACACCAGGUGCUGAAUGGGGAGGUGUACCCUCCGACUGUGAUGGAAACACGGGCGAACAUGACAUACCCGCCUGGCGUGCCGCUGCACAGGCAGCUGGCCGUGGGCCAGGAGGUGUUCGGCCUGCUCCCGGGGCUCAUGGUGUUCGCCACGCUCUGGCUACGUGAGCACAACCGCGUCUGUGACGUCCUGCAGGCCGAGCACCCGUCCUGGGCCGACGAACAGCUCUUCCAGACUGCCCGCCUCAUCCUCAUCGGGGAGACCAUCAAGAUCGUCAUUGAGGACUACGUCCAACACCUCAGCGGUUACCAUCUGCGGUUGAAGUUUGAUCCAGAGCUACUGUUUGGGGUCCAGUUCCAGUACCGGAACCGCAUCGCAGUGGAGUUUAACCAGCUGUACCACUGGCACCCCUUGAUGCCCGACUCAUUUGUGGUUGGGGACCGGGAGUACAGCUAUGAGGAGUUUGUCUUCAACACCUCCAUGCUCCUGGACUAUGGUGUGGAGUCGCUGGUGGAUGCUUUCUCCAGGCAGCCUGCCGGGCAGAUUGGCGGCGGGGGGAACAUCAACCGCCACAUCCUCCACGUGGCCAUCGGGGUCAUUGAGGAGUCGCGGGAGCUGAGGCUGCAGUCCUUCAACGAGUACCGCAAACGUUUUGGCCUGAAACCCUACAAGUCCUUCCAGGAGCUCACAGGUGAGCAGGAGAAGGCGUCCGAGCUGCAGGAGCUGUACGGCGACAUCGAUGCGCUGGAGUUCUACCCGGGGCUGCUGCUGGAGAAGUGCCAGCCCAACGCCAUCUUCGGGGAGAGCAUGGUCGAGAUCGGCGCGCCCUUCUCCCUCAAGGGCCUCCUGGGCAACCCCGUCUGCUCUCCCGAGUACUGGAAGCCCAGCACCUUCGGAGGGGAGACUGGCUUCAACAUCGUCAAGACGGCCUCGCUACGCAAGCUCGUCUGUGCCAACGUCAAGACCUGCCCCUAUGUAGCCUUCCACGUGCCCGCCCCCGCCCCAGGCGAGCGGCCCCGUGAGCCGUCCAGUGAACUGUGAAGCGUUUGGGGGGAGCGGAGCGGGGAGAGAGGGAGCGAAGAAGAGCUGGCCACGUCACCGCAGUGGGAGCCAGCGGGAUUUCUGUUGGAUCAAUCAGUCGAUCGGUCAUAUUUAUUAAGCGCUUUGUGCAGAGCACUGUACUAAGACUUGGCGGAUAUAUUCCCUGCCCACGAUGAGCUUACAGUCUAGAAGAUCCUCCAGAGCACUGAAUUUCCUUUCCCCCUUUUCCCGAGACGUUUUAAGAAAUGACACCCGGGCUUUGGUCCCCUGAAAGACAAUCCCCGCAACCUCGAAUCCCUCCCGCCUCCCGCCCUCUUCCCAACCCUCACUUUCCAGCGGAAUGAGAGCUCGCUACUGUCCCUGCCUUGGCCGCCCGGCCCUCUGGCCCACCCGACCUGCCCAGGGGAUGAGAGAGGCUGCCCUUUUCCCACCGUGGAGCCCACUGACAGCCUUCUGAACACCAGGCAUCCCUCUAUCCACCUGGAAGCAGCAGACACACACGAUGUUGUGUGCAUCCCAUAGGCUGUGUAACGCAGUGCAGUCGCGUCCCCAGAGUACGCAAAACGUUGGAGAAAAUCUGCAGAACCUAGAACGUGUCACCGGAGAGACGUCCGCCUCCCCGUCUGUCAGUCAGUUGUAUUGAUUGAGUGCUUACUGUGUGCAGAGCACUGUACAAAGCGCUUGGGAA